GUCUGGCUGGGGCCCUGGUCUGUUUUUCCUGCAGGAUUCAGUUCUCAGCCCCACCGGAGUCGCUGCUGAUUCUGGCCGACUGAGGAAUCACGUCCACAUUUCGCUCCAGAUGGUCCCGUCUUCUAGGAGACAAGGAAGGGAAAUGGCUGUGAUGGAGUCAGUUCAGAUGCCGGUGACCUUCGAGGAGGUGGCUGUGUAUUUCACCCAGGGGCAGGGAGCUCUGCUGGACCCCGCUCAGAGAGCCCUCUACAGGGACGUUAUGCAGGAGACCUAUGAGAUGGUGACCUCGCUGGGAUUUCCCCUUGCCAAACCUGAGCUUAUCGCCCGCCUGGAGCAAGGGGAAGAGCCGUGGGUGCCCGAUCUCCAGACCUGCGAGGAAAGAAGGCUUCGAAGAUGCCCCCAUACAGGGUGGAUGCUUCUUGCUUGAGUUAGGGCUGUUGUCUAGUUCUUCAGCCGUUGGUAUUUGAACUUUAUUUCAUCAGGACGGGCUGGUCCUGGAGGUUGAUUCUGUCACCCAUACAUACCUCAUUGACACAUCUCAACUAGACUAAUAAAAUUACAGUAUGGCUUGCAAAAAUGGAGGCUGUAGCACAUGCCUUCCACAAAAUGGAGUAAGCAUUUUUAAAUGGGUUUUGAAUUACAAUAUUGCACAGAAGUUUACAAUGUAGGCAAAAUGGCAAGUGUAAUUAAAUGGUGAACAGGAGUUACAAUGAUCCAGUGAAGAACUAAAAACCUGCUGACUACCAACACCGCUGUAAAAUGCCAAGAACUGACUGCCUGGACCCGUGCUUCUCACUGCAAAAAGGCCUCUCCACCUCAAGAGGACUUUACGACUGAUGAUCAGCCUGUUUCUCCUUCUGGUGCCGCUGUUUUUUUUGGGCAGCAGAAAAAAAGGAUAAGAUAAAGUGCUAGUAACCUCUCCCUUGUCCACUGACAGAACUACCAUGCAUUUGAUUUGUGCUAAAAAACCUAAAGCAUUACAGGGUGAUGUGCUAGUAACCUCUCCCCUGCAAAAUGCUAAACCACCACUGUGCCAAGAAGUAGGAACACUUACUCUACUGAAACCACCAAAGCCCAGGGAUUUCUGACCACAAAGAACAUUAAAAACUGGCACUGGUGGG